CACGUGACACUGGGCAGAACGCGUGCGCCUCACCGAGUGGGUAAAGCGCAUGCGCGAACGCUGCUUCGCAUUUGGCAGAUCCCGGAGUCGUUCGUCUCAGCCGGUGGAUCGUUUGGGCUCCUCUUUGGGGCUCGUGUGCGACAUUGCCGAGAUGGAAGAAGGUUGCCGGAAAGUCCGGGAGAAACCCGUACGCGUCAUCGCCGCGGCGUGCAAAGGCGGAGGCAUCGGCAAAAAUGGCACGCUGCCCUGGAAUCUACCGUGUGAAUUCCAGUAUUUCCUCCGCAGUGUUACACAAGUUUCAAAACCAGGAAAGUUCAAUAUGUUGGUGUGGGGGAAACUGUGCUGGUACUCCAACCCUCAAACUAUGUUCCCAAUGGCUAACGUUUUGCAUGCAGUACUGAGCAAAACAAUGCAGUCGGUCCCAGAUCACGCCCACUUCCUGUGUCAGGACCUGGAGAGCGCUGUCCUUUUGGCUGCAAAAUACCCGCUCGCAGACUUGAUCGAGACCAUUUGGGUUGUCGGAGGCAGUCGGGUCUACAAGGAUGCACUGGAGCAUCCCUGGUGUGAUUUGGUUUUCCUCACAGCUAUCAUGGCUGAAUUUGAGUGUGACGUCUUCUUCCCUGAGAUGGAUGCACAAGUCUUCAAAAAACAGGAAAGAUUUGCUGGAGUACCAAGUGGAAUCCAAGAAGAGAACGGCAUGAAGUAUGAAUUCCAAGUAUUCAAGAAGGAAUGUAAACAUGGAGGAAAUGAAGAGAAUGUUUUGAGUGACACCGGUAUGUUCACCAGAACAAUGGGGAAGAAUGUUGAAUAGGAGGAGACUGAUAUUUCCCCCGGAGGCGGGACUCGAGUGACAAAUCUAGGUAAAUGCUUGGUAUGAGGUUGACAGUCGCCACAAAUCUCAGUCUGUGACAAACGCAGCGUGUGAAACAACAUGGGUGUCUUCCGAUUCCUCCAAAUGUCUUUUUUGUUCCUCCUUCCUCGGGUGCACAGUGAGGAGCCAGAGCCUGCGAUCAGAGCAGUCGACGCCACCAUCGAGUUGGGCUAUUGUUUUGGAGUGGACUAUAUCGUUGUUUAUAGAUGCGGGCCAGAGGUUGACCAGCUGCUUGGGAACUCUUCAGAUGACAGCGAGCCCAUCGCGCCUCCUACUCACCUGCGGGGUCGCGUCCACAUCAAAAAUCAUAAUCGUCUGCUCGGGCUUCAGAUCCGUCAGCUCACGCACUUGGACUCGGGAGUUUAUAGGAGGGAGUGCUGGAAGAACCAAACACGAGUCAGCCACCACUCGCAGCUGCUCAUCGUGUGCGAUGAGGAGAUGGAGGCCAAAAAGGUCAUUGCAGAUGAAAGAGGUGGCCAGACUGAGCUGUCAUGUAACAGCACUUCCAUACGCACGGAGGGCAUGUCUGUGCGCUGGUACUAUGACAUACAGCAGUCUUACAGACUCCAGCUCUUCUUAGAUACCAGCGUAUCCCUCGACCCACUGGUGAGCGAGCUGCAGGGUGCUGUGACGAUCAAAGACAAUGGGACCUUGCUCCUCCUGGACAACACCUUGCUGAAGCAAAAACAGCAGUUUUACUGUGUGGUGACCGAUAGAACGGAGUGUCGAAGUUUCCAGAAUAUGUACCAACCUGUCUACAGUGAAAGGAGAGCAAUCUUUGCCUCAGCGGGGGACAGAGUGGAACUGAUUUGUCCCUUUGAAAGUAAUAACCAGAAAUGGGAGACACCACUGGGGGACAUAAACGUGAGCAGCGCGAGGAGCGAUCACAUGUACGUAUCGCACAAGCGCAACGACUACUCCCUGGUGAUUCCUGUUGUUUCUAACGAACACAGUGGCGAGUACUCAUGCGUCACAGCUACACUUGACCUGCAGUACUCACUGUCUCUUUGCCCUCAACGGCAACCCAAAGAACAAAUGUGUACGGAAGGUGCUCACAUCUUGCUGGAAUGCGAUGUUGACCAAGAGGAUCCCAAGAGGGUGCUUUGGUUCCGCCAAGAUUCAGCGGGCGACCAUAAGCUCAUACUCGACUCCAGUGAUGAAAGUGUAGAAGUCCCCGAGGAUCUGAGAGGCAGGAUGUCUCUGUCGCAAGGCAAAUUCUCACUGACGCUCUCUAAUGUGGAGAUAAAAGAUGGAGUCUUUUACUGGUGCGUUGCGUUAGGAGAUACAGACUCUGUGGACUUUGACUACGAUUACGUAGAUGAUUAUGAUGAUGAUGAAAACACUGAAUAUGGUGAUGGACAAUACUGGUAUGAAACACCGAGGUGCAUAUUUAAACAAGAAAACAAAUUGAUUUUGGUCGGAAAAACGUCCGGCACUUCUGACUUCGCCGUUGCGGCUGUGGCAACGGUGCUUGUCGUGGUUGGACUGAUUGUUGCUGUGAUUGUAAUGAAGAGGAUAAAAAACAUACAGAGGAACAAAAAAGUGGCCUCAUGGUCCAGACGAGGAACAAACAAGGACAUCACAUUGAGCGUGGACCCUGAGUGUACUGAAAAGUUGAAUCCUGCAUAAAGGUCUUUUUAAGUCAAUGCUUGACAAACAUUCUGCUUUUUUUCAUCAUAACUGCAGAAAACAUACUAUACAUAAAUGUUUCCUUUUCACUCAUAUGUAUAUAAAAAAAAAAAAAAAAAAAGGUAUUGAUCUUGUGACUGAAAAUAUUUGUUUUUCUUUCCUUUUCAUCGUGUGUUUUCAUGACGAGGUGGUGGCCAUUACUGUUAGUAUUUUCAAAACUAAAAAUAAUAAUAAAAAAUAACAAUAAUAAAGGGUCAAACUUG